AAGAUUAUUGGAAUUAUGAGAGAAGAAACUGACAACACUAUGAAUGAGCAGAUUCAGUUCAGUGCAUCACUGUCUUCCCCUGCCUUCUCCAUGCAGCAGGUGAUCAGUGUCUGGGUGCGGGACCCGCGGAUACAAAAGAAUGACUUUUGGCAUGCCUAUAUAGACUACGAAAUUUGUUUGCAUACCGACAGUGUAUGCUUUACCAAGAAGAUCUCAAGUGUGAGAAGGCGGUACAGUGAGUUUGUAUGGCUCAGGCAGAAGUUACAAGCAAAUUCGUUGCUAUUGGUAAAGCUACCAGAGCUGCCCCCAAAGAACCCCUUCUUCAGCCUGAACAAUGCCCAGCAGAUCACUGAACGGAUGAAAGGGCUGCAAAAGUUUUUGGAACAGACCCUGCAGAACCCUUUGCUGCUGUCCGACAGCUGCCUGCAUCUUUUCCUACAAUCACAGCUCAACACAUCCAAGAUGGAGGCCUGUGCUGCUGGCAGGACCCAUUACUCUGUGGCCCAGGCAGUCAAGCGCUGUGGCCUGAAGAGAUUUCACUCUGAGGAGGAUCUGCAGAAGGACCUCAGCAUGUCCUGUGACUCUGACUCCGACAGCUCAGAGUGUAGAGAUCCAGAGCUUCGAAUUAAAGAUUUGGCAAUAAAUACAGCACACAGUACGGCUUCACUUGAUCUCAUGGGAACCAGCCAGGAGGAAACCCUCAGCUGCUCAUGUGGUUCAACAUGAAAACAUCAGCAGCAGCACAAAUAUUUGGACCGUACAAGAAGAAAUUUGCCUGUUACCUGCCAUACUGCACUUUUGGCUGCAUUCUCGCUCCUAUUUGUUUCACUUCCAAAAAGUAAUUUUGUUCAAGGCAUUUUAGUUUAAAACAUGUAAACAUGUAAAACAUGAGUGGAUAGUAAUAAAAUGUAUCUAUGUUGAAUACCAGUGUUUGGUCUGUAUAGCUAUAACGUUUUAGCAACACUGUGCCUGAAGAUGGCAGUGUUGUCACAUCAAUAUGUUUGUUUAUUCACUUAAUCCAUGAACAUAUGCUGUAACUGUCUAUAUUUACUCCAUAAAAAAGCUUAACAGGA